AUGUACUAUGGUGACCCACGCUGGAUUCACUGCAAGCAGCACGAUGUGACACCCCUGCUGAAAGCCACACAAAGGCUGCAUACGCUUGGGCUACGGCCGCGCAGGCGCAAGCGGGGUGCCUUGGCAGAGCCGGCGCUUCUUCUGGUGGCGGGUUCGCAGUUCUUGGGUCUGCUAAGUGCGGUAGAGCCCCGCGGGUGCUGGAGGUCUGGGGUCGUGGACCCCGGCCAAGUCCCAGCAAACACGGAGGUGCAGGGUGUCAAGGAGGGCGCGGGGCUCUCCACCACUGUGACGACCCCGGCCUCGCAGUUCACUCUGUUCGUAAUGCACCCUUGCAGCGUGUCGGACGAGGCCGCGGCUGAGGACCUCCCGAGGCCGACCCCGGCCCCCUCCUCGACCGGGGGACCCCGGAGGCGGGGCAGCGGCGGGGUCUGCGUGAGCAAGACCUGCACCUACGAGGGCUGCAGCGAGACCACGAGCCAAGUCGCCAAACAGCGCAAGCCGUGGAUGUGCAAGAAACACCGCAACAAGAUGUACAAGGACAAGUACAAGAAGAAGAAGAGCGACCAGGCCCUGAACUGCGGUGGGGCCGCAUCCGUUGGGAGCGCGGGAAACGUCAAACUGGAGGAAAGUACAGAUAACAUUCUUUCCAUGGUCAAACAAAAAACAGGAUCUUUUGGGGAUCGUCCUGCAAGGCCUACUCUUUUAGAACAAGUGUUAAAUCAGAAAAGACUGUCCUUGCUAAGAAGUCCUGAAGUAGUGCAGUUUUUACAAAAACAGCAGCAACUACUAAACCAGCAAGUUUUAGAGCAAAGACAGCAGCAGUUUCCAGGAGCAUCAAUGUGAUAGAACUUAUCAAGAACCUGGACAUAUUUUUUAUUGUAAUAUAUGAACAUAUUUUUAUACCAAAGAUAAAUGGCAUGAGAUAUGUCAAUAGAAUGUAAACAUUUUCCUGUAAAUGUAUUGUGUAUUGGUUAUAAAUAAGUAUUGGACUUUUUGUAUAUAAUCUUUUCAAAUCCCCUUGAAUUUGAAGGAAUCAGCUUAUCUUCCCAAAAUAACAUUUAACAACAGUUUUUAAAAAUACAUUCUUUAGUCACUGUUACUGAAGGUAGUGAAGCAGUUACUUUCUGUGGAAGUUGUGAAGUUAAUAGAUAAAAAUUUUGAGCCAUCAAGUUCCAAAAGGCAGUUGGAAGUGUAUGGGUAUAGUUUUUGGUUGUCAUAGUGAACUUGAAAACUGCUGUUUUUAAUGAUUGGGCCAGGAAGGCCAAAUGUUCUGUAGUGACUGGGAUAAUCUUACACAACUAAAAAUUAUUUCCCCAACAAUACCAAUAUCGCUCCUUUUAAGAAAUCCUGAUAGAUAUUACUAUGAUUACAUGUGAUGGAGCACCUGGAAUCAGAUUCUUAUGACUUUUUUUUUGUAGUUAACACUGAAGCUGUCAAAAAGGUAAACAUUUUAUAUCUAUUAGGAAAGUAAUCAUUGGUCAUUGUUUAUCUGUGAAAUCAGAGAUGUUCUGGUAAAAACCUAAAAGAGGAAUUAAAUAUACCAGAAUGAAUGUACAUCUCCUAAAGCUGGUUUUCAACUUCAUGUGACAUAUUCGUAUUGUCCUCUUUAGAGCAGACCCGCUAGUAUGUUGAAUUUGUUAAAAGUACUGAUGUAUCUUAGCCCACCAAUACCAAGAUAAAUUUAUUUUCCUAUCUUCAUUUUUCAUUAAAAGGAGAUCCUGAAAAUAAGAAUAAUAGCACUUUACCAUUUUUUUAGUGCUUUUCAAAAUUGAGCUGUUUUACAAACAUGUUAUUCCUAAGUACUGUUCAAUAAUGAUGGGUAAUCUGAACAUAUUUUUUCUUGUAUUUUUUUCUUUCUUUC